AUGGCUCCCUCCCUAGGACUCUACCGCCAGCCCUCUCUAACCUCCGACCCCAUCGAGGUCGACCCCUCCAACCCGGGCACCAUCCUCCGCGUCGCCCUCGGCCUCGAGUCCAUCAUCAACCUCCCCUUCGCCGGCUGGGCCCUCUUCUACCCAGCCAGCUUCCUCGGCCUCCUCGCCUCCAACCCUUCCCAGAUCACGCCCGUCGCGGAGAUGGCGUCCCGCUACUACGGUGUCACCGUCCUCGGCAUGACGGCCCCCAUGGUCUUCGGCGUCUUCAACAACCGCGGCGCCAUCGAGAGCCGCCCCUACUCGUACCUGAUGCUCGCCGGCGCCGAGGCCGGCAUGCUGAGCACGGCGCUGUGGGUCAUCUACGGGCCGGGCGCCGCGAGCGGGUUCGCGCCGGAUGCGGCGUGGAGCUUGUUGAAGCAGAUUGGGCCGGCGUUCUUGUGGCGCCUGUUUGUGUUCCUCAAGAAGCCGCAGUGGUUUGGGCGGUAUAAGGAGGCGAAGCGGAGUUUGUAG